AUGCAAACCGUGUUGGUAGAGAAUGACUUUGUGAACCGUCACAUCCGAGAUGCCCUGCUCCUCCUGGGGCUGAACACCAUCUCCGCCUCCUUCCAGGACCAGCACUGCGAGAGCCUGUCCCUGGCCGGCAAUGUCUCUGGGCUGCAGUGCAAUGCAUCCAUGGACCUCAUUGGUACCUGCUGGCCCCAGAGCCCUGCGGGGCAGUUGGUGGUUCGACCCUGCCCCGCCUAUUUCUACGGCGUCCGCUACAACACCACAAACAACGGCUACAGGGAGUGCCUGGCCAAUGGCAGCUGGGCCGCCCGCGUGAACUACUCCGAGUGCCAGGAGAUCCUCAGUGGGGAGAAGAAGAGCAAGGUACACUACCAUGUCGCUGUCAUCAUCAACUACCUGGGCCACUGCAUCUCCCUGGUGGCCCUCCUGGUGGCCUUUGUCCUCUUUCUGCGGCUCAGGAGCAUCCGGUGCCUAAGAAACAUCAUCCACUGGAACCUUAUCUCGGCCUUCAUCCUGCGCAAUGCCACGUGGUUUGUGGUCCAGCUCACCAUGAGCCCCGAAGUCCACCAGAGCAACGUGGGCUGGUGCAGGUUGGUGACGGCCGCCUACAACUACUUCCACGUGACCAACUUCUUCUGGAUGUUCGGGGAGGGCUGCUACCUGCACACGGCCAUUGUGCUCACCUACUCCACGGACCGGCUGCGCAAGUGGAUGUUCAUCUGCAUCGGCUGGGGUGUGCCUUUCCCCAUCAUCGUGGCCUGGGCCAUCGGAAAGCUGUACUAUGACAAUGAGAAGUGCUGGUUUGGCAAAAGGCCUGGGGUAUAUACUGACUACAUCUACCAGGGCCCCAUGAUCUUGGUCCUGCUGAUCAAUUUUAUCUUCCUUUUCAACAUCGUCCGCAUUCUCAUGACCAAACUCCGGGCGUCCACCACAUCUGAGACCAUUCAGUACAGGAAGGCUGUGAAGGCCACUCUGGUGCUGCUUCCCCUCCUGGGCAUCACGUACAUGCUGUUCUUCGUGAACCCUGGGGAGGACGAGGUCUCCCGGGUCAUCUUCAUCUACUUCAACUCCUUCCUGGAAUCCUUCCAGGGCUUCUUCGUGUCUGUAUUCUACUGUUUCCUCAACAGUGAGGUCCGCUCGGCCAUCCGGAAGAGGUGGCACCGAUGGCAGGACAAGCACUCGAUCCGUGCCCGCGUGGCCCGCGCCAUGUCCAUCCCCACCUCCCCGACCCGGGUCAGCUUCCACAGCAUCAAGCAAUCCACGGCGGUCUGAGCUGGC